AUGCGUGCUAUUUUGAUACUCUGUUUGAUCGCUGCAUCAUAUGCUGCUCCACAAUACAACUAUCAACAACCAGCUGGUGGUGUUGGCGGAGCUGGUGGUGUAGCAGCUGGAUCAGCCCCAGCAGGUAGUUUUGCUCAAGGAGGUGGAUUCCAAGCAGGUGCUGGUCCAUCAACAUGGAACAAACAAUAUUUUAUCCACUCUGCUCCUGAAGAUGAUGGUUUAGAUGGAGCUGGCUCAAAUGACAAUGCUGCAUCUUUAAGAAAGAAUUUACGUGUCGUUAUUGUUAAAGCACCAGAAAAUAAAGGAUUAGAAAAUGCCGCAUUACAAUUAGCUAAAUCAGCAAGUGAAGAUAAAACUGCUAUUUACGUAUUGAACAAACAAACCGAUUUGGCUGAACUUCAAAACAAACUUAGCCAAAUUUCAGAUGCUAAUGCAAACAAACCAGAAGUACACUUCGUUAAAUAUAAUACCCCAGAAGAAGCUGAACACGCACAACAUAGUAUUCAAAGCCAAUAUGAGCAAUCAUUCCAAGGACCAUCCCAAGUAAGCAAUGAAGGUUCAGCUCCAGUUGAAAACUUUAUUGGAUCAGCUGGACAUGGUGGAUUUGGAGGAAAUGGUGGAUUCGGAGGAAAUGGUGGAUUCGGUGGAGGUCAUGGUGGAUUCGGUGGCAGCAGUGGUGGUAGUGGAUUCGGUGGAAGCAGUGGAAGCGGAGGAUUUGGUGGAAAUGGAUUUGGUUCAGGCGGUUUACAAGGUGCUGGAUCUCAACAAUCAUUCGCUUCUGUCGGCAAUGAAUACUUACCAGCUGCUGCACGCGCUUAA